CUCUGCUGCGGCUUUGGAUGCCCUACUCCUUCAGCAACAAAUAGUUCUCUCUGCGACCUGAAGAGCAGAAACAUCGAAAGCACAAAGAAAAAUCGCCAUUUUAAUACGCAGAAACGGAAACACAACUUCCAGAGCUCUCGAAAUAUCAAUCGAUCCAUCGCUGUCGUAUAUUAGUUACAGUGUUGCAGCUGGUCGUUCUAAGCUUGGAUUCCCCCCUUGAAGCAAUGGGAGACAGUGAAACAGUGGUUGCUCAAACAUCUGCUGUGGUGGGGUAUACAUCGAGUGGCUACACUUCCACUGACUUUGCUGAAGCUGGUGCAAAUGUGGCAACUGAUGCCGGUGCUUUUAUUGCUGGGGCAACUGCAGAGGUGUCUCCUGUUGCUCCAACAGAUGCGGCUUAUGCUGUUGCAGAUGGUUCUGUUUCAGGUGAUUCAAAUACAUAUAAUAGUGACACAAAUUCUGCUGUCCAAGAAGCUGCUGCUGUUACAGUAUAUGAAACAAAGCAGUCUGAUGGAGUUAUUGAUACCACUGAGAGUCUUGCUAGUCUUGAGAAGAUGGCUGUGGAGUCGUCUCAAGCUGAUGGUUAUGAUUCUUCUGUAAAUGGCAAUGUUGUUGGUGAAGCAGCUCAUUACACUUCAGCUGAGAAUGGGAAUGCGCUAGAUGUUGGUGGAGAUGCAGCUACCACUGAGCAACAGUUUGAUGGUAGUUCUGCGCCCCCAAUGUCUGCUGAGGAAGAUAGAUUGUGGAGCAUAGUUAGGGCUAAUUCUUUGGAUUUUAAUGCAUGGACUGCCCUCAUAGAAGAAACAGAGAAGAUGGCAGAGGACAACAUAUUGAGAAUCAGAAAAGUUUACGAUGCUUUUUUAGCGGAAUUUCCUUUGUGCUAUGGUUAUUGGAAAAAGUAUGCUGAUCACGAGGCACGUCUUGGUUCUAUUGACAAAGUUGUGGAGGUUUACGAGCGCGCAGUUCUAGGGGUGACCUAUUCUGUGGACAUUUGGUUGCAUUAUUCCAUAUUUACCAUAAGCACUUAUGGAGAUCCAGAGACCAUUCGAAGGCUGUUUGAACGAGGAUUAGCUUAUGUUGGAACAGAUUACCUGUCUUACCCUCUUUGGGAUAAAUAUAUAGAAUAUGAAUACUCACAGCAGGAGUGGUCUCGUCUUGCCAUGAUCUACACAAGGAUUUUAGAGAACCCAAAUCAACAGCUGGAUCGUUAUUUCAAUAGCUUCAAGGAAUUAGCUGGGAGUCGGCCUUUGUCAGAAUUGAGAACUGCUGAGGAAGCUGCUGCUGUGGCUGGUGUUCCUUCUGAGGUUGCUGGCCAAGGAAUUGAGGGAGAGGUUCAUCUUGACACCGUGGAACAGUCUUCUAAACCUGUAAGGGCAGGCUUAGCAGAAGCAGAGGAGUUGGAGAAGUAUAUCGCUAUUAGAGAAGAGAUGUACAAGAAAGCUAAAGAGUUUGAUUCUAAGAUAAUUGGUUUUGAAACAGCUAUCAGGCGGCCCUACUUCCAUGUGCGGCCCCUCAAUGUUGCAGAGCUUGAAAAUUGGCAUAACUAUUUGGAUUUUAUUGAAAGGGGGGAUGAAUUUAACAAGGUUGUGAAGUUAUAUGAAAGGUGUCUGAUUGCAUGUGCCAAUUAUCCAGAGUAUUGGAUUCGAUAUGUUUUGUGCAUGGAAGCCAGUAGAAGUAUGGAUCUUGCAAAUAAUGCACUUGCACGUGCUACCCAAGUAUUUGUCAAGAGGCAACCCGAGAUUCAUCUUUUUGCUGCUCGAUUCAAAGAGCAAAAUCGGGAUAUAGAAGGAGCUCGAGCUGCAUAUCAACUUGUGCAUACUGAAAUCUCACCUGGUCUUCUGGAAGCAAUUAUUAAGCAUGCAAACAUGGAACAUCGGCUGGGAAAAUUGGAAAAUGCAUUCUUGUUAUAUGAGCAGGCCAUUGCCAUUGAAAAAGUGAAAGAGCAGUCGCAAGCAUUACCGAUGUUGUUUGCCCAGUACUCCCGGUUUUCGUAUUUGGUAUCAGGCAAUGCAGAUAAAGCAAGGGAUAUUGUAGUUGAAGCAGCUGAGCAUGUCCAGUUGUCUAAACCACUUCUAGAGGCACUAAUCCAUCUGGAAUCAAUUCUUCCACUCCCAAAACGAAUUGAUUAUCUAGAUUCAUUGGUUGAUAAGUUCAUAGUGCCCAACCCUGAAAGCCCAAAUUCUACAACUCCUGCUGAAAGGGAGGAGAUAUCUUGCAUCUUUUUGGAGUUCUUGGAUCUCUUUGGAGAUGCAGAAACUAUCAAGAAGGCUGAUGACAGGCAUGCUAAGCUCUUCUUACAGCACAGGAGUACGUCAGAAUUGAAGAAGCGUCAUGCGGAGGAUUAUCUAACUUCAGACAAAGCAAAGUUAGCCAAACAUUAUUCUGGUGUUCUAUCACCCGCCCAGUCAUUGAUGGGUGCGUAUCCUAGUGCUCAAAAUCAGUGGGCAGCUGGUUAUGGUUUGCAGCCUCAGGCUUGGCCACAAGUUACACAAGCACAAGGGCAACCUUGGAAUCCUGGGUAUGCCCAACAGGGUUACAAUGCGUACAGUUAUGGAAGUAGCUAUACCCACCCACAAGUACCCACAACAACACCACAGACUGCUGGUUAUGGUGCUUAUCCCACAACAUAUCCUGUCCAGCAGACAUUCCCUCAACAAAGUUACGCACCCCCUGCCACAGCAGCGGCAGCGGCGGCAGCUGCUGCGCCAGCUCAGCAACCAGUUCCUCAGGCGUACUAUGGGAGCUAUUACUGAGCAUGCCAGAUUAGAGUACUCUCCCAGUUUUGGCACCUGUAAACUAGUCUUCCUCUUCAUCAUCUACAUCUCACCACCAAAAUUGAGUUCCAACACCUUGGGCUUUUUAAACGUGGUGUCAUAUUGCCAACAAGUACACGGUGACGGAUUCAAACAAGUAGUGAUUGACCUAGAUAAUUAAAUGCGUAGUAGAGAAAUUGUAUCUUAUCUAUUUUCAUUUUGCACGUUCUCUAUCUGCCUGCAGAUGCAAAUUUGGAUGCGGUGUCAAUGUGUACAUACUUACAAUAGGGAAGAGCUUUGGUAUUUUUCAACCGAAA